CACAGUUUGUUUCCUUUGUAGUCCAUGUUUCUUUAGUUCGUUCAAUUUUAUUUUGUGCUCGGAUAAAUGUAUUUCCUAUAAAAAUGUCUGACGAUUACGAGUGGUGAAAAACGUUCAGUUUAUUUGUUAUACAAGAAUCUCGUGGUGAGACAAAUAAAACGCUACAAGUUAUCUUCUCCGAUAUCGCUACAAACACCGAGUCCAGUAUCUUCUUUAAAUUAGAUGACGGUUCGACCGUCGAUACUAAUGCAGUAGCUACAAUAAAUGCAUCGCAAUGUCUUUCUUCGCUUGGAAAGGAAGCAAUCGUUCCGAAAAUACCGAACACGCUGGACGAAACUUACAAGACGGUCUCUUUCAAAUUGCAUCUCAAGCUUGUCACAUUUUAGUACAAGUGAACAACACGCACAAUGUUUCUUAUGGUGGAAACAAUAAUGUACGGAAUAUCGCAUAUUCCAAAUGUUCUGGCAGCGAUGACGAUUCGAUACAUCUCGCAGCUUCUUCCACGAGUAAAGGAACUACUUCCACUACUGUCAAGUCUUAUACAAAGUACAGAAAAGAGCGAGACAAAGAUCAGGAUGUAGUCGUUCUAUUGCCACAUCGGAAGAGCAGAACACCUUUUGUUAAGCAAAAAUUAUCCACAGUCUCUGAGAAUGCCAGAUUAGAAUUAAAUCCGUCGAAAUAUAUCGGCGUCGGUGGCAGCAGUGGCGGUCCCACUACCGGUGGAGUGAACAGUAACAGCAAUGUUUCAGACGACGAUUUCGAAUUAUGGGAUCAUUCCGGUUUUAUGCUGAGAAGCGAUGUAGAUGACCCAAUGACGAAUGGAAAAUGGGGUGGUGCACAAGGAUGGUGUAGACCAAGUUGUAUUCCUAUUACGGUUAUAUUGAUUUUGAUCGUGUUGGUUGUUUUAUUGCCGUUGCUAGAUCACGCAGCGGACAAAUACACGGCGAGUGAUAUGAAUUUCGGUUUCGAUUCGAGUUGUAUGAACGGUUGUCAUUUAUCUAUCGUGGAGACUCUGCCGGUCGGCAUGGAUUACGUCAAUAACAGCAUUUUCCUCGAUAACACUUACAAUUCCUGGGUCAAAUUGAUUUCGUUGGCACGGGAAAGGAUAGAAAUAGCAUCGUUUUAUUGGACUAUGAGGAGAGAGGAUGUAUAUCCAGAUGAUACCGCGAAACAGGGAGAAGAAGUUUUUCGAUUGCUUCUGCAAGCAGGCAAAGAUCGAAAUAUUUUGUUAAAAAUAACGCAAAACAUGCCGUCGCAAGUUAGUCCGAAUAUCGAUACAGAAAUCUUGACGAAAAAGGCAAACGCAAAGGUUAAAAGCUUAAACUUUGCGAGACUACUCGGAGAAGGAGUACUUCACACGAAAUUGUGGCUCGUCGACAGAACGCACAUAUAUAUUGGUUCAGCGAAUAUGGAUUGGCGAUCGCUCUCACAAGUGAAAGAGCUUGGAUUAGUCGCACUAAAUUGCAGUUGUCUAGCAAACGAUUAUGCCAAGAUUUUCGAUGUUUACUGGACAGUAGGCGAUGAUGGUAAAAUACCAUCCGUUUGGCCGGACUCUCUAAAUACAAGAAUCAAUUCAAAGAAUCCAAUGAAUUUUACAUUUAUGAACAAUAAAUAUAAAACGUUUGUUGCGAGUUCACCACCACCAUUCUCGCCAAAGGGUAGAACCAAUGACGUAGAUGCUAUCCUGUAUUGUAUCGAAAGGGCAGAGAAAUUUAUUUAUAUCGCGGUAAUGGAUUACUUCCCAUUGAGUAUAUACACAGCCAAAAUCAAAUAUUGGCCAAUUAUAGAUGACGCACUGAGAACCGCAGCUAUCGAACGUAAAAUACAUAUACGUUUAUUGAUAUCGUCGUGGAAGCAUUCGAGGAAGUCAGAGAUUCCUUUUUUGAAAUCACUUACAGAAUUGACAAAUAGUUACGCGGGUGUUAAAAUCGAAGUGAGAAGAUUCGUUGUCCCUACCAAUUCUGAUUUCGACAAAAUACCGUUCGCACGGGUAAAUCACAAUAAAUACAUGGUGACAGAUGUAACAGCGUAUAUAGGAACAAGCAAUUGGUCGGGCGACUAUUUUACGAAUACUGCAGGCGUAGGUAUGGUACUCGAGGCUAUCGGCGAUCAUACUUCGGACAAUCUCAGGCAACAAUUGGAAAAUAUUUUUCAUCGUGACUGGUAUUCCGAAUAUUCUUAUGCUUUGAACGGAAGUUUGCCAUUUGUGGAACGAUCGACAAAUACUAUCGAAGAUGACUACUAUCUACGAUCGUCACGUUAUAUAUUAGCGUGACAACGUCAACGAUUUCAUUAACGGGGCUAUACGUGUUCUACGAGAAAAAUGAAAAUCGUUCCCCGUCGUUUAACAUUUGGAGACAAACAUCUUAAAUGUCACGUCUCUCGUCACAGAUAAAAUUAAAUUCUUUUCUUCUUCUUUUUUCCUUUUCGUUUGUUUUUUUCUUUACAAAGCACAUUCUUACGGUUAUCCAUACUCAGCAAAUAUCGACUUGGAGCUGACGUUUUGUUUGUUCCCUGUACACUGCAUACACGCACAUAUAAAAAACAUAUUCUUCGUCCAUCAUUUUUAUCAUCUCCUUUUUGGUAUUAUUUCUUUCAAAAUAUGUAAACGGACGUGCUUACACGUAUAGACGCGUGCUCUUUCUCCUUCUCCCCCCCCCCUUCCCCGCCCUUUCUCUCACCCACCAUCCAUCCAUCCAUCCAUCCAUCCAUCCAUC